CGGAGGAUUACUCGCUAGAACACGCAGUUUCACAACAUCCACUCACACCAAAACACCUCCACCUGCUUCAAUUCAUUGAACAAGCUCGUUUCUUGGAUUUCAGCCAUAGAAGAACCUUGAUACUUCAACAUUUUCGAAAAUCGAGAAGGAAAAGGGCCAUUGAUUGACAGGUUAUUGCUGUUCAAAUAUUCUUGGGUUUUUGUCUUCUUCUGCCACCACAAACUUUUCCCAGGAGAUUACGAACUUUCUUCUCUUGUUCAUGUUCUGGGUUCUUUCAUAUUCUUUGAUUUCAUCCUCCUUUUCUGUUUAUCCCGUUACAUAAAUCUCGAUUUACAUAUCCUGUAAGGUGUGGGUUUGAAGUAUCUCACAGAACUUUGUUUUGCACACCAAGUGUUCGGUAUUAUUCCUCUGUGAGUUUGGUGUCUGAAUCUCUUGAUUGUUUCUAUAUUUCCGUAUGGGAAUUUGCGAUCCACUGAUGAAUACACCGGAAGAAGAGAAUUUGAUAGCUGCUGCUCGACUUAUUCUAGGAGAACUGGAGUCGAACAAGAAAUUCUCCAAUGAAGCAACGAGAAUCUUGGAGGAUCUAGCCACAAAAUUAUCAUCCAUAGUAAAGAUCACCAAACCUAAAGAUGAAAACGAAGAAGAAGAAGAAGAACUAAGCGAUAUCAAGAUUCGCCUCGAUUCAAUUCAAGAUAAGAUCAUGACAUGGGAGGUGGGUCAAUCCAUGAUAUUGGAUUCCGGGUCGGAUGAAAAUCAAACCAACGAAUAUUUAAACGCAGUGAAUGAAGUCAAAACAUUAGUCGAAAGAUUAGAGAGUUUGAAUCCAAACAAAGACACUUCAGAACAUGAAGUUUUACUCAAAGCAAACGAUGUUCUUCAAACAUCCAUGGCUAGACUCGAAGAAGAAUUCAAGCAUAUUCUCAUUCACAAUCAACAAAACUUCGAACCUGAACGUUUAUCUUUUAGAUCAAUUGAAGAUGAUUGUGUCGAUUCAACCUCAAUCGUCUCAUUUGAAGAUGAUUCAUUUGAUGAUUCGAUUCAAAGAGAUAGUAUAACUAUAAGCAGAGGAUCAGAAGUUCAUAUCAUGGAUCUAAUCAAUCCUCAAGUAAUCCCUAAUCUCAAAUCCAUUUCUACUUUAAUGUUUGACUCAAAUUACAUCAAAGAAUGUUGUAAUGCUUUCAUAAGUGUUCGAAAAGAUGCUUUAGAUGAUUGCUUAUUCAUUCUUGAAGUUGAAAAAUCAAGCAUUGAAGAUGUUCUAAAGAUGGAAUGGGCUACAUUGAAUUCCAAGAUUAGAAAAUGGACAAAAGUGAUGAAAAUCUUUGUGAGAAUUUAUCUCGCAAGUGAAAAGUCAUUAUGCGAACAAAUUUUCGGGAAAAACGAGGUUGUAAAUUCGUGUUUUGCUGAGUCAUCAAAAGCUUCAAUCUUGCAACUUCUAAAUUUCGCAGAAGCUAUUUCAAUUGGGCCUCAUAAGCCCGAAAAAUUGAUCAGAAUUCUCGAUAUGUAUGAAGUUUUAGCCGAUUUGAAACCAGAUAUCGAGUCUUUUUACCAAAAUGACCCUGGAUCGUACUUAAGAACCGAGUUCCAAGAUGUAUUGACUCGCAUCGGCGAUUGCGCAACGACAACAUUUCUUGAAUUCAAAAACGCAGUAGGGGCAAAUCCGUCAAAUGCCGCUUUCCCAGGAGGUGGGAUUCACCAUCUAACUCGUUGGGUGAUGAAUUACGUUACUACCCUCAUCGACUACAGUAAUUCCCUAAAUACCCUUUUGAAAACCGAAAUUCAAUUUCAAGAUCCAUCGUCUUCACCAGACGUAAAUCUUGAAGACGAUAACGCGAAUCAAAAAAACUCAUCGUUUUCAAUUUCACCGAUGACGUCACAUUUCCAAUCGCUGAUGUCACUUCUUGAAUCGAACCUUGAAGAGAAAUCAAGGUUAUAUAGAGAAGAAGCAUUAGGGCAUCUUUUUUUAAUGAAUAAUAUUAAUUACAUGGCGGAAAAAGUCAAAGGGUCAGAGCUAAGAACAGUUCUUGGUGACAAUUGGAUUCGAAAACGUAAUUGGAAGUUUCAACAAUAUGCAAUGAGUUAUGAAAGAUCGACUUUGAGUUCAAUUUUGAAUUUGUUAAAAGAAGAAGGGCUUCAUAAUAAUGGAAGUAAUUCAGGGUCGAUUUCAAAGACUUUGCUUAAAGAAAGGUUACAAGGGUUUUAUAUUGCGUUUGAAGAGAUUUACAAAAGUCAAACGGGAUGGUCAAUACCGAAUAGUCAACUUUCUGAGGAUUUAAGGAUUUCGUUGUCGUUGAAGUUGAUUCAAGCUUAUAGAACUUUUGUUGGUAGGUAUGGGAAUAGUAUAAGUGAGAAGUAUAUUAAGUAUAGUGCUGAUGAUCUUGAGAGUUAUCUUUUGGAUUUGUUUGAAGGGUCUCCAAGAUCAUUACAUAGUUUUCAUAGAAAGUGAUUUCGUAUUUCUAUUAGGUUUUGUGUUUAUAUAGUUGUUUUGAAUUUUGUUUUUGUAAGAAAAGUGUUUUGUUGUGUGUAAACAUUUUUGUUUAAGUUAUGAUUGUUACAUUAUGCAUUGA